AAAAGAUCCAUCGGCCAAGUCGAGUCGAGUCGAGUCGAGUCGGGUCCGAGACAGUUCUGACUCUGCUGGCCUGCCCAUAGCUUCGAGUCUCUGAGGCCGCUUGACGUCCCUGGCUGGAAGCGUCGAGAAGCAAGACCACUCAGAGAAUCAGACAGGAAUGAGCGCUGCAACACUGCCGGAACCUGCAAAGGCGGCAGUCUCUGCUUCGAUCGAGUCUGCCGUCGUCCAGGCCGACAAGGCAGCAGACAAGCAGAGUGAUACCGCUGCUGAUGCCAAAGCGGACAAGGCUGUCAAGACAGUCUUUGACGACAAGCUACACUUCAAUGUUGUUCAUCCUCUCAACUCGACUUGGACGCUGUGGUUCGACAAUGCUUCCAAGCAGGACAAGUCCAGGUCUUGGGAGGAUUCACUGCAACAGGUCAUGGAGAUCAACACCGUAGAAGAAUUCUGGGGGCUGUACAACAACAUCGUGCCGCCAUCGCACAUCGCCAUUAGCUCGAACUACUACCUCUUCAGGAAAGGUAUCAAGCCAGCUUGGGAGGAUCCAGCAAACGCAAAGGGGGGCAAGUGGGCCGUACAGCUACCGAGGGACAAGACGGCCGGCAAUGUCGAUAACUUUUGGCUGUAUACCAUGCUAGCAGCGAUAGGAGAGACCUUUGAGACACCUUUCGAUGGAUCGACAGCGGGCACCAGUGCAGAAGUGAGAGAAGAAGUCACAGGUGUCAUCAUCUCCUCUCGCAAAGUGUUCUGGCGAAUCAACGUCUGGACAAAGACUGCGACCGAUUCCGACAAACCGAGGCUAGAAGUCAUCGGGAAGCACAUCAAGUAUGGCAUCCUGGGAGUACCUGUCGGAGUCAAGCUUGCCGCAGCAGGAGCGACAGUGGGAACAGAUGUAGAGUUUGAGAGUCACAAGGAUUCGAUGAGCGGCUCGAGGAGCAAUGCCAACAAGUGGAAAGUGUGAUGCUUCUGCAAUGCUUUUCUUGUCAUGUCUUGUACAACAUGCAACAAUUACCUGACACUC